CGAGCAGGACGGCCGCCAUCUUGCGCGGAGCCGGAGCCGGAGCCGGAGCCUGACGCUGCAGCUGAGUGCACGCGAGCCCGCAACCCAGCUUCACCGCGGUCCAGUCCUCCUGCGGCCUAGCCGGAGCCCACGCCCACCGCGCCUCCGCGUCCGGCUCCGGCCCGGUGCCCCUGACCCUCAGCCCGACCCGGCACUCCAACCCGGCACUCCGACCCACAUCCCGGCCCGGUCCGGCCUCCCUGCGGGGUCACGCGGCCGUCCUGGGGACGAUGAACGGAGGAUAAAUGGUGCCCAAGGCAGACAGCGGUGCCUUCCUGCUGCUCUUCCUGCUGGUGCUCACCGUCACCGAGCCGCUGCGGCCAGAGCUGCGGUGCAGCCCGGGGCAGUUUGCCUGUCACAAAGGUACUAUCCAGUGUAUCCCCCUGCCCUGGCAGUGUGACGGCUGGCCGACCUGUGAGGAUGAAAGUGACGAAGCUGACUGUGCAGGGAAGGAGACUGUGGAGCCACGGCAGGGCCGGGCCAGAGGAGGUGACCCCACACAUUUCCAUGCAGUAAAUGUGGCGCAGCCCGUCCGCUUUAGCAGGAAGUGCCCAACAGGGUGGCACCACUAUGAAGGCACAGCCAGCUGCUAUCGGGUCUACCUGAGCGGGGAGAACUACUGGGACGCCGCACAGACCUGCCAGCGCCUGAAUGGCUCCCUCGCCACCUUCUCCACUGACCAGGAGCUGCGCUUCGUCCUGGCUCAGGAAUGGGACCAGCCGGAGCGGAGCUUUGGGUGGAAGGACCAGCGCAAGUUGUGGGUUGGUUAUCAGUAUGUCAUCACAGGCCGGAACCACUCCUUAGAAGGCCGUUGGGAGGUAGCAUUCAAAGGCUCCUCAGAGGUGUUCCUGCCACCAGACCCCAUCUUCGCCUCAGCCAUGUCUGAGCACGACAGUGUGUUCUGCGCCCAGCUCCAGUGCUUCCACUUCCCCACCCUGCGGCACCAUGACCUCCACAGCUGGCACGCUGAGAGCUGCUAUGAGAAGUCUUCGUUUCUGUGUAAAAGAAGUCAAACAUGUGUCGACAUCAAGGACAACGUGGUGGAUGAAGGAUUCUACUUCACCCCCAAGGGGGACGACCCGUGCCUGAGCUGUACCUGCCACAGGGGGGAGCCUGAGAUGUGUGUGGCCGCCCUCUGCGAGCGGCCCCAGGGCUGCCAGCAGUACCGAAAGGACCCCAAGGAAUGCUGCAAGUUCAUGUGCCUGGACCCAGAUGGCAGCAGCCUUUUCGACUCCAUGGCCAGUGGCAUGCGCCUGGUGGUCAGCUGCGUCUCCUCCUUCCUCAUCCUGUCGCUGCUGCUCUUCAUGGUCCACCGGCUGCGCCAGCGGCGCCGAGAGCGCAUUGAGUCCCUGAUUGGAGCCAACUUGCACCACUUCAACCUGGGCCGCAGGAUCCCUGGCUUUGACUACGCCCCAGACGGCUUCGGCACGGGCCUCACCCCACUGCACCUUUCUGACGAUGGAGAAGGCGGGACCUUCCACUUCCACGACCCUCCGCCUCCUUACACAGCUUACAAGUACCCAGACAUGGAUCAGCCUGAUGACCCGCCGCCGCCCUAUGAGGCCUCCCUCAACCCGGACAGCAUGUUCUAUGACCCUGCAGAUGACGAUGCUUUUGAGCCUAUGGAGGCCAGCCUGCCAAGCCCAGGGGAUGGCGGCAGUGAAGGUUCAUUGUCCCGGCGCCUGGAUCAGCCUCUGCCCACUUCGGCAGCCUCUUUGGCAGACCUGGAAGAUUCUGUUGACAGCAGCAGCGCCCUGCUCAUGCCCCCCGACCCUGCCCAGAGUGGGGGUGCCCCUGCUACAGAGACAUUGCCAGGAAGCAGCCGCCACAGCCGCAGCUCCCUCAGCACCAUGGUGUAGAUGGUUUGGUCCGUGCCCAGCAGGCUAUGAGCAUCUGUCUGCUAUCAAAAACAUCAGUCCCUGUGGGAAACCUGAAGGGCCCCAGCCUCAGCCUGGACCCCCCAGUCCACUGCUGCACCCCCACGAACAGGUGCUGCACAGCCCUGGAGUAAGGAGGGCUCCGCGCCCAGGGUCCCUGGGGCUCAGACUCCUUGCAGAGUUACGGGUUAUUGUUGCUUGUGGCGGAAGACUGACAGUUUGUUCAGACCACAUGCUAUAGAGGCCAGGAACAAAGACCGUGGCCUGUGGCCAAACCGUGUCUGGUGGGCUUACACACUCUGGUGUGUGCCCAGAGACACCUGCCUGCCAGUUCCAGGCCCAGAACAAACUGAGCAGGGGCUGCCAGGGUGUGCUUGCCGGCCUCUGUCAAGAGGGCACCUUGGGACUGUGUGCUGUGGCAGUGGGUCUGCUUCAGGGCACACGGUCUACUCUGGAGAUGGCCCCUGCAGCCCAGCUGUGAACAUCAGGGUCACCCUGUCUGGAGCUGGGGCUGGUCUGGGGCUAUUAUUGCUCCUGAGCCCUGAGAAGAGGAGCUUUGGAAGGAGGUUGGACUCUCGGCUCUGUCUCUGCAUCUGGGCUCCAUGAAGCUCAGCUCUGUGGCAGGAGGCCAUGUCUCCCACAGUGUCUCUGCAGUACUGUGCAUGGCUCCCCCAGCAGCAGCCCUGGACACUGUGCUGGGGGCCAGGGACUGAGCCAGCUCCUGCCUCUGCACUCUGACACUCUGGGCCCCACCUCCUAUUGAAUUGCUUUUGGACCUGGCCUGCUCCUCCCUACCCUGUUUGUGCCAUAAAGGGUCAUUUCUGUGGGGCAGGUGGCUGAAACAACAUUGGGGUUGUGUGCAUCUUCUGAAAGCCUGUUCCUUGCACACCACCAAGCCCAGGGGCUGCAUGUGCACCCCUCCCCCCCUUAGCGCUGGGUGCUGGGUGCCAGGUACCCUGCCUGGGGCCUGCUGCCUGCUCCUAGGCAGUGGUCCUUGAGGUUUGGAGAUUAAGCAGGUUCUGUGCGAUUUUUAGCACGUUGAUAUCUUUUCUACGUUGAAUGUCUGGAUCGUGUGUGCGUGCGUGGGUGUAUGUGGCUGUGUGGCUGCGGUGAUGGUGGUACAGGUUGGGGGUCUCCUGCUCCCCUGGGCCAUCAUGUCUGCCUCUGCCGCCCCUCUUCCUGUGUCUUACUCGCCGUCUUUCCAGACCAGCGAGGACAGCCAGAGAGGCUGAGGCAUGUGGUGCUGUGGUGACAGGUUCUGCACAGUCCUCUGCUAGCCUGGUUUUUCCACCCCUUGUGGAAUGACAAUCUAGAGCUCUCCUUGGGCUUGGCCAGCCGAUCCUGGAGGCUGUGCCAGGCAGGCCUGCACUCCCUUACUGAAGGGACACUAUUUUGUCCAUAGUUGAAUCCCAGCCACGGGGCUCACGUCAGCUGCUGAGGACAAAGCAGGAAGCAGGUCACGCUUCCCAUGUGUCAGGCUCCAGAGCAACCGUCACAAGUGUCACUGGUGCCAGGUGACCAGCAGAGGUCCUGGAGGGACGCUGGCAGGCCUCAGAACCAUGCUUACAGGGGAUGGUAGCUGGCAUGAGGUGUGUGGGACUCAGAAGCUACCUUUGGGGACCGAAAGACUGUUGGGGCCAAUCAGGCAUCCAGGAGGCAGUGAGGAAGAGGGCCCAUGGAGGCUGCAGAGGGUGGGCUUGCUCUGGACUGUCAAGUUUUGGUCCGAGGGUGCUUAUUUGGGUUGCCAGGUGGUGGUCUGGGGUCUGUCCUGUCUUUACCUACCAUCCAGAACUUCACCCUUUGCAAGACUGGCCUUGGGGCAAGCUGCCUGAGGAGGAAUCCUGAGGGGGCCCUUGCUGAGGCAGGUGUUCCUGGGAGCAGCCCCCCGCCCAGGGCUGCCUUCCCCUCUGUUCCUGAGACCAGCUGCCCUGACCUGCCACACAGGGUGGAAUUGAUGCUGUACAUUGUCUCAAUGCCUGUUUUUAUGUUUUCCUUUCACUAAGGGUUUUUAGUUUGGGUUUAUUUUUGGUUGGGUUGGCACUAAUUCUUAAGAUGCUGUGAGAAUUGUUUCAUCCAAAUGCCAAAUAAACUUGUGUUCUGGAA